GAGAGGCGGAGGAGGAAAAGGCAGAGAGAGAGCCCAGCCCUUGAAUACACGGCAACAACACGCCGUCACAGAGAGAGGGAGAGACACACAGAGAGACUCGCUGUAUUUUGGGGGAGCAAAGGGAGCCUUCGACGCUGCGGAUAUGAACUGAAAAAAACAAACACUGGAAGAGGCAGGGUUCGUGCUCCUAUAUCCCGAAUAUUCACUGUAAAGGUGAAAAACUAGCCCCCCCCCCCCAAACCCCCCUAUCUCUCUACCCGUUCUUAUUCAGAUAGAGCUACCCAAAGCCCCGACCGAACCCCCUCCUGCUCCUGCUGCUCCACCCCUCCGCCGCUGCACCGCUCCGGCAACCGAGAUGCACACGGAGACCCGUAACAAGAAAUGCCAGUCGACUCCUAAGCAGAAGAAGAGUGCUGUCGGCGCCCUGAAGAAGCAGAGGAGCCCGGCCAAGCAGAGCGCCCUGACCCAACAGCAUCAACCGCCGCCAUCGUCAUCAUCGCCACCGCAGCCGGCAGACCGGGAAGAGGAAGAGAAGGAGGAGGAGGAGGAGCCGGUGACCAGGCCUCGGCCGCCUCAGGAGGAGGACGAGGAGGAAGCAGGCAAAGAGGAGCGAGAGGAAGUGGCGACACAGUCUGUGAAGGAGAAGGAGGAGGAGGAGGAGGAAGAGGAGGGCGAGACAGUCAUGCCCUCUGUACAGAUCAAACCAGAGCCGGAGGAGAUGGAGUGCACGCAGGCAGAUGUAGGUGACGACUGCUCCCAGCCAACAGACCUGAAGGUGAAGAUGGAGCCAGUUUGCAAGACAGAGCCCUCUUCGCCUCAGCCGUGCCGCGCCGAGGACCAGACCGAACCCGUUGACCUGUCGCUCAACAAGCCCCGCUCCUCUACGCUCCCUGCUUCUACGACAAGCAUCACAGUCAACCCUGCACCCAGCGGUGCCAUGACCCAAACCCACCUCUCAGCUACACCCGUCUCCACUUCAGUACAGUCGAUAGGCUCCAUGGUCCUCUCUCCAGGCUCCAUCUUGGCCACUCAGGGCGCCGGGGGCCAGCAGAUCCUCCACGUCAUCCAUACAAUCCCCUCGGUCACCAUGCCCAGCAAAGUGGGCCAGCUCCAGACCAUCCCUGUGGUGGUGCAGUCGCUGCCUGUUGUCUACACCACCAUGUCUACUGACGGCGUCGCCACAGCAGCCAUUACAGUGCCGCUCAUAGGCAGCGAUGGGCGCUCAGAAGGAUCUGUUCGUAUUAAGCCAGGUUCGACAUCACCAGUGGAGUAUCAGAGUGACAGCGAUGCGGAGAGCGGUACAGAGUCUGGAUCGGCCUCCCUCAGUGCCCAGAGCCUCGACGCCGGGUCGGUUAUGGACUUAGAGCCUGUCGAUCCAGAUUCGCCAGACAUCAAGAGGAGGCGGAUCCACAUGUGUGACUAUGAAGGCUGUAAAAAAGUUUACACCAAGAGUUCCCACCUCAAAGCCCACAGGAGGAUACACACAGGAGAGAAGCCCUACCACUGUACCUGGGAGGGCUGCACCUGGCGCUUCGCCCGCUCCGACGAGCUGACUCGACAUUUCCGCAAGCACACCGGAAUCAAACCAUUCCGCUGCACCGAGUGCGACCGCUCCUUUUCCCGGUCCGACCACCUGUCCCUUCACCGCCGCCGCCACGUCAUGAUGUGAACUCUGACCCCCCCCACCCACAGCUCCCCAUCAAACUCCCCUAC